AUGUGCAUUAUAUCAUAUUGGUGGUCACAAGCUCGAGUUGCUUCAUGGCGAUCUCCCCCCUCAUCCAUCAGUUCUCCAGCCAUUCUACCUCGUGAGAAGAGUCAAGAUUCAGUCACAAGACACGAUGAAGCAUUUGCCGUGAGGAAACGGAAAAGUGAUGAAACGCUUCGACCGGUGUUGAUGGACGAUGGCAGUCAUCCUUACUUUCCGGGCACACCAUGGAACGAGCUGGAACUGGCCGGCACUAUCGAUAAAAUUUAUAAUAUCUACUAUGCUUUAAGAAGUUUUGAGAACAGAUUCAACUCCAGACAACCCACCUUGAAGUGAUACAAGUGCCAUGGAACCUUGAAUAAUUAGUUUGCAAGGUGUUUAUCAGUUGAUUUCUCCAGCUUCUCCCUUGUAA